GGUAUAUUUAACUCAACGUAUUCUCUCCUGGAGAAACUGCUUGCCUUUGUGUCAUUGCAAUCAGCCUGCGAAAAUACUCUUUUGAUGUCCCGUACUAGUCAAUCAUAACUUGGUUAAUCACAAUGGCGGCAGCACAAUUCCAGCCCACUCAGGCACCGGCAGCGGAACCCGCGCCAAGCCCGGAUGCCGACGCUAUCCUCGGCCUCACAUCUUACAGCCGCGCCGACUUUGAACUGCCCGUCGUCACGGUGCACCCCAGCCAGCACGAUGCUGUACGGUCGUCCAUCUUGCAGCCAUUCGGCCAGGCUCGCGAGUUUGACCUCGGUGUGCUCGGAUGCCUCCCCUUUGAGAUAGUGUCGCUCAUCUGCCUCGAACUCGACGUGAGCUCGGCCUUCCGAUUCAGCCAUGUCAACCGGAGCACCCGCGAGGUCCUCGCUUCCAUCCGCAAGUUCCACCAUAUCAGCACCCACGCGCUCGAGUGUCUCAGUGUGCUCCUGCGGACGGGCCUCGCGUCCCGGGUAGGCAUACUGGAGCUGUACUCCGCCCUGACGACCCCGAACUGCUCCCUGUGCAGCUCCUUUGGCGGGUUCUUCUUCUUGCCCACCGCAACGCGUUGCUGCCUUACCUGCAUCGCUUCGGCGCCGCAGAUGCAAGUCGCUUACCUUAGCCGGUUGGCCGACGCGACAGGUGUUUCAUCGGCCGAGCUCGAGAGGCGGCUCCCCGUGCUGCACACACUGCCCGACAGUCGCCGGCGCAUCGUGGCGGUGCAGCAGGCACUCGAGGUGCUGCGCGAAAACGGCGAGCAGGACCCGGAGGUGGCCGUCGGCCGGUGGCCCGACUCGCUGACGCUGCGGUUCCAGGCGGCCACGAGCCUGCCGUACCUCGACCGGGCGACGGGCGAGGCUCAAUCAGGCGUCUCGUGCAAGGGAUGCCAGCUCGCAUUUGAGGAAGACUUCUCCGACAACCACUUGGAGCUCCGGGACCGUUUUUAUUCGAGGGAAGCAUUCCUGCCGCACUUUGAGGAGUGUCUGCCUGCCCAGAAGCUGUGGGUCUCGAGCCGGGAGGGUACCGCUCCCGCGGAGGAGCCCCGGUGGGUGGGACUCGGCAGGACAUUCACGGGGCCAUGUGGGCGGCGUCGUUCUUCUGUUCACUCAAAUCAUUCGGAGGGAACAAUGCGGCUCCCUCCACCCUCGUCGCCUGCCAGCCUGGGCCAGCGCACAUGGCCCGCGUGGCUUUCCGAUGGCGACGAGAGCAGUCCAGACGACAAGCUGCAGAGGUGGUCUAGCUUGAUUGGCAUCGUCGCCGCCAUCUGCGGCAAUGCGCUCAUCGCUCUGGCUCUCAAUGUCCAGCGAUACGCCCACAUCCGGUUGCACCGGAAGAAGCUGCAAAUAAGAGAUCGCGCCCGCCAGGCCAUGCGCAAUGCGGCUGCUGCAUCGCACAGUCAGGGACGAGGCGGACACUACGGCGCUGCAGGGUUGGUGGGCGGGGAUGGGACAUCAAACGAAAACGGCCGCUACCGCGACAAUGACGACGACGCCCGGUACUCGUCCGAAAUAGACCCCCUCGCGCAAUCCUUCCGCUCCGACUCCUCGGCCGACGACAACGCGAAGGAGAAGCUCUCACUGUCAUACCUAAAAGACCCGUAUUGGUGGCUGGGUCUGGUGCUGAUCACGGUCGGCGAGUGCGGCAAUUUCCUGGCCUACGGCUUCGCCCCGGCCUCGAUUGUCAGCCCGCUCGGCGUCGUGGCGCUGGUGUCCAACUGCGUGAUAGCUCCCAUCUUCUUCAAGGAGGUGUUCCGCCAGCAGGACUUUUGGGGCGUCAUCAUUGCCAUCACUGGCGCCGUGACGGUCGUCUUGAGCGCCCAGACCGAGGAGACAAAGCUGGGCCCGCACGAGGUGUGGGAUGCCAUCACGACCAUGGAGUUUGAGAUCUACAUGGGCGCCAGCUGUGCGCUGAUUGUGCUGCUCAUGUGGCUGAGCCCUCGCUACGGGCACCGGACGAUCUUGAUUGAUCUCGGUCUCGUCGGCUUGUUCGGUGCUUACACGGUGCUGUCUACCAAGGGCGUGUCCUCUAUGCUCUCCUCGACUCUGCUCGGUGCCUUCACCACCCCGGUCACCUACGUGCUCGCAUUUGUCCUGCUCUCCACCGCCAUUUUACAGGUCCGUUAUGUGAACAAGGCCCUCCAACGCUUCGAUUCCACCCAGGUUAUCCCGAUCCAAUUUGUUCUCUUUACGCUUUCUGUAAUCAUCGGCAGCGCCGUCCUCUACCGCGAUUUCGAGCGCACCACCACCCAGCAGGCGGUCAAAUUCGUCGGCGGCUGUCUCCUCACCUUCUUUGGCGUCUUUCUCAUUACGAAUGGCAGGCCGCGGCAGAACGGCGAGGACGAAGUGGCGCUUUCCGACGCCGAGGGCAUCGAAGAGACGAUCGGCUUGGCCGAGCAGGACCGGGCGCCGCCCCCAACGCCACCUCAACCCCGCCGUCGCACCCAGGUAAUGUCACGAGGAUCAUCGCGGACAUCACGCGUCAGCUUUUCAGACUCCGUCCACGGAAGCCCGGAAUUCACCUCUUCCAGGCCGCUCGCCUCACGCGCCACACCAAGAUCCCAAAAGCCCCUUUUCCUCGAGGACGACGACGACGACGACGAUAUGCCGACGACGAUCAAUCACCUCCCCGACGACCCUCCCUAA